AUGGAGCUUUCCACCGACCAGGAAAAUCUCGCAAGAAGGCCGAGCGCCAGGCCCAAGCCCAAGCUGAUGCUCUCGCCAAAGAUAUCAGAGAAUCCAGAGAUCGGCGCCGCAGCAGACAACGUGACGAUGAGACUCCACCAGCCCGCCAUCCGCGACGACGAUACGACUCUCGGAGCGAGCGCAGCGGCCGCCGCCGCUCCCAAUCCCGCUCCACCGUGUCCUCCAGCGGUCAAGGAAGCGCCAUCAGAAGCGAGUACAGCCACCACGGUCCAGAGAAGCGAGUCCAGCCAACCCCGUACUCCGACUACGUUCCAGAACACUUCAUCCUCAAGCCCAACGCUCGUGGCGCCGUUGCACCACUCCAUCCUGUCCACGGCACGCAGCACGACUCGCAUCGGCGAACCCCGAAAGACUUCGACAUCCCAGAUCCCAAGCACCCUGGGAAGACCGUCCGACAGUCCCACCCUCAAGCAUUCAACCACCUCUUUGGCGCUGAUGAUGACCAAGCCAGGGGCGGCGCGGGCGAUGCCUUUUGAGGAGGGCGGCGAUGCGGUUGGAGUGCAGCUAUCGCCAGGUUCGGUGACUGCGAAUGGAACACCAGAUUCAUAUCCAGCGGCCGGCCUUCGAGUACCACUGCAGAAGCGACGUCGAUCAGAAGAGCGCGUAGAUCAGGCCAUCCGCCAAGAUAGAGCACCUCCGCCCCAGAAACGCUCGAGGCCUGCAUCAACAGUCACCAUCGAAUACGACGAGAACGGCGUACCACGUCUGAAACAUACGCAGACUCAAAUCCAGCGCGAGACCAUCUUGACGCCGGUAUCAUCCGCCCAGUCACCAGUUACCCCUUUGACAGCUUCACAACACAUUUCUCCAGCGGUUCAAGCAUUGGUAGCAGCCAUUGCAGAUCCCGCAAGUCCUGUAAUUGGCACUUCGACCACUCCCGCAGCGCAACAAACAAAACGAAAAGACUUCAGUCUCCUCGGCGCAUUCGUAGAUGAUAGCUCAUUGAUCAUCACGCUGGUCAGUUAUCUGGACAUUCCAUCUCUGAUUUCCUGGUACGCCAUCGACAAGAAGUUUCACUGGUAUUACAACAAGAACUACACGGCUUUCAUCUUGGCCAGCGUCCGAACAUGGUCACCCGGUGCGGAGCUGAUAUUCCCAUGGCGCCACUAUGCUGAUCUCUGCAUCAAAGACCCGAUCAAGAGACAGAAAGCAAAGUCAGACCAUCUUGGCCCGGACAUCGCGCAAAUGAACCUCUUCUCGCGCGACGUGCCCAGUUUGCGUUGGCUUCAGAUGGUCGUUUGGCGUGAAGGAGUUGUGAAGGACAUUUUCAUCCAGCUUGCGACCAGAGCACUCAGAGUGCCACCAAAGACUAGAGACGCGAUGAAGCGCCUCUGGUUCAUCAUGGACCUCCCCCUCAACGCCCACCGCAUCUUCUGCAUUCAAAGCAAACGCUACAUCGCCCCUUGCCACCUCAAACUCGCCACAGUCUUCUUCCUCAAACUCGACAUGUUCUUCACCGACCCAGGUUACAACCUCUUUCCCGUCAAUCACCCCGCUCAAACCGUCUUCCCCAACCGCUGGGCAAACGGCAUGCCCUUAGGCUCCGCCCUCAAAGAAAUCCUCCUCGCCGAGAACUCCCUCACACCCCUCUGGCGUGUCCUCCGUGGCUUGGCGCCCGAUGGCGCUGGUCACGGUAGACCGAUCGAAGAAAUCGACAUCCUCAAAUUGUGGAUGAGGCACAAAUACCGCGGUCCGACUCAGCCCAGCAACAAUUUCAACAAGUCCAAACCCAUCCUGGGCCUCCGCUUGGAGAAGUUCGUUCAAACAGGAUACCAGCCCUACUUCCCGCCGAAGGACGGCAGUCCUUUCCGCCCCGUACCGCUCAUGACAAUUGAUUUGCUCGUCAUGAGUGAGGCGAUGCGGAGGAAGAUCAAUGCGCAGGAAAAGGUUCUUGAGAUGAUCAAUUAUGGUUUCUCGAGCAAUGGACGGCGAGCGAGGGUUUAUACGGAGGAGCAGAUUAUGAGGCAGGAGAGGGCGGUGUGGAAUCCGUCGGAGGUGAGGAUCAUUCGGAGGAAUGAGGAGAGGGAGAGGAAGGCUGAAGAGGCCAGGAAGAAGAAGUUGCUGGAGUUGCAGGAGGCUGAGGAGGGAGAUGAAGAGGAGAGUGGAGAGGAGAGCGGAGAAGGGAGCGAGGACGAAAGCGAGGACGGAAGUGAAGAUGACACGGAUACAGAGACUGCGACCGCGCCAGAUGCCAACGAGCAGCCCGGUGAAGUGACCUCAACGACUUCGUGA